GGAGAGGGAGAGAAGCGUUGGGUUGUCGUCGCCACCCCUCUUCUCAGGGCUGGCGCGGAGAGUGGCAGCUUCUGAGUUCACAGCUUCCGCUGGCGCCGCUGGCCUAGCUCCCUGCCGCUGCCCUUGGUCCCGUGGGUCGUGCUUGGCACCGGGCUGCAGCAGCCAUGAUGACCUUGCUUCAGCUUGUACGUGAGCACUGGGUUCAUAUACUUGUCCCUGUGGGAUUGGCCUUUGGAUGCUAUCUAGACAAGAGGGAUGACGAAAAGCUGACUGCCUUCCGGAAUAAGAGUAUGCUGUUUCAAAGGGAACUGAGGCCCAAUGAAGAAGUUACUUGGAAGUAAAUAAAUUCUGUGGCUAAAUCACAGAAUGUUCACAUUUUAAAAGUUAUCAGAGAAAUAAAAAUGUUUAUUAUUUAA